CAAACAUGUUAUCAGAACACUCAAAGGUGUUUAUAUCCAGCGAAUAUAAAUUUUAACCAAACGUGGUGCAUCUCACAACGUUUCAGUAGUUUGCUGAUCUCACAACUUGUUCGAAACAAACAAAAAACAUUUUCAUCAUGUGCGAAGAUAAACCACAACGCAUUCCAAAACAUCCAGGUGCAAAGAGUGAUAUAAUGAAAUAUGCUAAACAAGGAAUAACAUUACUGGCGGCACAAUUGGCAAAUGACGAAACCAUCGAAGAUUAUUGGUUAAUUACUGGACCGGAAUCUGUGGAUUAUUUCGGUCAUAUCAUUGCGGUAAUAAUAGAUUCAAAGCAAAAUAGAUACGCACUAUUUGUAGAAACGAAAUUGCUUUCGAUGAAAUCGAUGAGAUUCAUAACCGAUCCAGAAACGCCACGUGAUGCUAAAAAAUCUGAUGUUCCUCUUCACAAAUAUCUUCAAACUUAUGAAAAAAUCAUGAAGAUGGAUCUUACUCCUCAAUUAAAAAAUCAAUUGGCCGGAAUACCAACUGAAAAUUUUUAUUUCUGCUUAUUCACUAUCAUGCCAAGAAACAUCGUUAUUCAAACGAAAAACAAAGAAAUGAUGGAUGUCAAAUUGGAGUUGAAGAAUAUUAACGAAAAUAUAUUGAAUUGUUUUGGAGCUUAUGCUCAAUGUUGCCAAAACGCGGAUACUCUUCCGGAAGGUUACGAAAAAUUUUUAAAACAAUUUUAUAUUUUCGCCGAACAACCUAGUACACAAAAGGUAUAUCAAGAAUUUCAAGAACACAUCGGUAAGUCUUCAGAUGGUGCUAUUGACAGAUUAUGUGAUAGCAUUGAAUCGGUUAUGAAAGAAGACAAAUUUUGUUUACCUCUUACAAAACUCACGUUUUUCGAGAAGUGCUUAGAAAUUCAACUAUCUGAUGUUAUUCUAUUUUAAUUUUGUGGAUUAUUUCACGUUUAUUUGACAUGUGGUUUAUUUUUAAAACUCCUCAAAGUACUUACAUACUUUAUAUAGUUAAGAUUUCAAUUAGUUUUAAGUGUAUCUUAUUUAUUUUUAAUAUUAUGGUGUAACUUGGAUAAUUUUUUAAUAAAAUAAUUAUUUUCUAGUA